AUGCUCGAAGCGGACUACAACCUGCACAAAUCAAAUAGCACUUAUUUUACAGAUCUGGAUGCAAGCCGCUCUCAUCUGCUGUCAAACCUUUGCUACGGCGGAGUUUCUGUUGUGGAAAAAGAGCUCACCGCUGAGGGUAAAACAGGAAUUAUGGCUGCCAUAAUCGGUUCUGUCACCACAAGCUUCAAGAAGGAAAUCCGGAUCUUCCAGCAGUACGAAGUAUGGUCACGGAUUCUCACAUGGGACAAGAAGUGGCUCUACAUUGUGACCCAUUUUGUUCAGAAAGGAAGUGUUAAAAACAAAUAUCUGGUCACUGAUAUCUUGUCGGAGGGACACAUUUGUGGAAAGUGCGAUGGUACUGGUGGUGAGGGUAACGGUGCCAGCGCAGCGCGCCCCGUGGUAUAUGCCACGUCGGUCUCCAAAUACGUAUUCAAAAAGGGCAGGUUUACCGUGGCACCGGAGCGCCUUCUGAGAGCUUCUGGUCUAUUGGGAGGAAAUGGUAAGAUGGGAGAUGUUUGCUCCAAGAACCAGAGUCCUCAAAUAAACAUCAAAGAUCCCCUUACCAAAAGCAAUGAAGGUAUGGACAGUCCAGCAAUCGGCCAAGUUGUUGAAAGCGAAAGGCUCAAAGGAUUGAAAUAUGCCAAGGCUUGGGAUGAGUUAGAGUCUCUACACGCGGAGCCUCUUGGGGUUAACGAAACAAGUGGCUGUGUUCCAACCAUUGGCCACUUUAAUGAUAUCUCUGGCUACGGUUUCUCUUACUGCUAG